AUGGCGUACGCUACCCUCCGCUCACUGCGGCUCCGUCCCACCGUCGCAUCUCGUCCCCUCCCGCUUCCCCGAAGACAUGUCCACCCCGGCAGCUACCAGCCCUUCGUCCCGCCGUCGCCAGCCUCACUAGGAAAGCCAACCCCGGCGAAAGACUAUAAGCGAACCCGCAAAUGGCUCCGACGGCUUCUCUACCUCUCCCUCACCACGGGCGUCGCCUAUGGCAUCGACACCCAAUUCUACGCCUCAUCAUUAACCCGCACAACCCGGACCUUCUCGCUGGGUCUUCUCGUCGCCCUCGACUACAAGAUCAAUUUCCGACCAAACCCCCCACUAGCCAGCUCCAUUGCGGCCGUGCAUGCCCGGAACGCAGAGCGCUUAUCGGACCUCUUACGUCACAAUGGAGGGUUGUACCUGAAGAUGGGCCAGGCGAUUGCAAUGCAAUCGGCCAUCCUGCCGCCCGAGUUCCAGCAGAUGUUCUCGCGCAUGUUCGAUGAUGCGCCGCAGAAUGACUGGAAGCAGGUGGAGAAGGUCAUCCACGAGGAUUUUGGCAAGUCGCCCGAAGAGGUCUUUGGCGUCUCGUUUACUGGCGAGCCGGGGAAGGGUGUGAUGGAGCGCAAGGCGCGUGCUAGUGCUAGUGUUGCGCAGGUGCAUUGGGCGAGGUUGGAGGAUGGCCGCGAAGUUGCGAUUAAGAUCCAGAAGCAUGAGAUUGUGCAACAAUUGGCUUGGGAUUUGUUCGCGUUCAAGACCGUCACCUGGAUCUACAGCAAACUGUUCGAUAUCCCCUUCUAUAGCUUGGUACCUUAUAUCAGCGAGCGACUGUCCCUCGAGACAGAUUUCCUCAACGAAGCCGAUAACUCAGAGAACAUGGCUCGACUGGUCGCCGGCGAACCACGCCUGCGUGAUCGCGUCUAUAUCCCCAAAGUGUGGCGUGACCUCAGCUCCAAGCGAGUGAUGACCGCUGAAUGGAUCGAGGGCGUAAGGCUCUGGGAUAAAGAUGCGAUCACGCGAUCAUGGCGUGGAGGCUGGCGCCAGGGCAGUCCCGGUUGUCACGGAACCCCCAUGGACCCUGCAACAAGCAAAAACACACCCCUCAACCCGCAACAGGCAAUGGCCAAACCGGACCGCAAUCACUGGCGGGGCCAGAAUAACCGUGGCGGGCUUGGCCUGUCACUCAAGGACGUGAUGACGACCAUGGUUGAUUUGUUCUCCGCCCAGAUGUUCCUCUGGGGCUGGGUCCAUUGCGAUCCGCACCCAGGCAACAUCUUCAUCCGCCGUAAGCCCUCCGGUAAACCCGAACUAGUCCUCAUCGACCACGGCCUAUACAUCCACAUGGAACCCAACUUCCGACACCAAUACGCACGCCUCUGGAAGGCGAUGCUAACAUUCGACAACAAGACCCUAGGCGAAAUCGUCAAGACAUGGGGUAUCAAUAACGCCGACAUAUUCGCCUCCGCCACCCUAAUGCGCCCCUACCGCGGCGGCGACAUGUCAACACAGCGCGGAAUAGAAGGCCUAAGCAAAUCCGAGCGCGCCCAGCGACACUACGAAAUGCAACAAGCAGCCCGCAAAGCCAUCCGUGAGAUACUGGGCGACGAGAAAAAAUGGCCACAAGAACUAAUCUUCAUCGGUCGGAACCUGCGAAUCGUCCAGGCGAAUAACCAAUUCCUCGGCUCGCCCGUCAACCGGGUGAAGAUUACCGGGACGUGGGCCUCGCGUGCGCUGGUCGAGAGUCCGGAUCUGCCUCUUUCCGAGAAGAUUCGCAAUCUGGGUCAGCAUGUUAUUUUCCGGCUUGUGUUGUUUUCUAGUGAUGUUUUCUUCUGGUUUACGAAGAUUCGUCAGUUUUUGCACCUGGGUGGCGGGAUGGAGGAUGAUAUUGAGGCUCAGAUGCAGGGGAUGGCGAAGGAGAUGGGGGUUGAGUUGAAUCAGAAUAUUUUUGAGGGGUAG